GGAGAGGCCGAGAGGGAGGAGGAGGCUGCUCUCAUCAAACGACCUCUCAGACUCUACAAGGUGACGUGGGAUGGAGCAGAGACCCUGAAGCUCUCAGACCCCGACAGCUUCACACAGUUGGACGACGACAGGAGGACGACGACAGGAGGACGACGACAGGAGGACGAAGACAGGAGGACGACGACAGGAGGACGAAGACAGGAGGACGAAGACAGGAGGACGACAGGAGGACGACAGGAGGACGAUAAACUUCAGGACAAAAGCGUCUCUGAGUUUGACAUGACGUGGCGAGAGCUGCGGAGUCGGCAGUUCUGGCGAGCCGUGCUGGCAGAGCUGCUCGGCACCCUGGUGUUAGUGAGCGCCGUGCUGGGUGCGUCCGUGCCAGGGCCCGGAGAGGCCCCCGGGGGCCCCCUGUACCCAGCGGUGGCGCUGGGCGCGGCGAUCGUUGCGCUGGGACACUGUUUUGGAGAAAUCAGCGGCGCGCAGGUGAACCCGGCGGUGACUCUGUCCCUGUUGGCCACUCGGAGGCUGGACGUCCUCAGGGCCGUUCUCUACAUCGCUGUUCAGUGUCUGGGGGCCUCUCUGGGAGCCGGGGCCCUUUACCUGGCCCUGCCCCUGAAGACCACCGCCGACCACUUCGUCAACAAGGUGCCGAUGGAGCUGAACGCGGCUCAGGCGCUGGGCGUCGAGCUGCUCUGCACCUUCCAGAUGGUUUUCACCAUCUUCUCGGUGGAGGACCAGCGACGGAGGGAGAGUCCCGAACCGGGGAACUUGGCUAUUGGACUGGCGCACACAGCUGGAGUGAUGAUCGGGGGUCGGUUCUCUGGUGCGAGUAUGAAUCCUGCUCGUUCUCUGGGUCCAGCCAUCGUCACCGGCUCCUGGGAAAACCACUGGGUUUACUGGAUCGGCCCGGUGCUCGGCGCCGUGCUGGCCGGAGUGUCGCACGAGUUCUUCUUCGCGCGCGGCGCCUCGCGCCACAAGCUGCUGGCGUGUCUGACGUGCCGCGACAUCGAGAUCGUGGAGGCGACCAGCGUGACGGGCUCCUCGCUGUCCACGGUCACGCAGAGCGCCAUGAGGGCCAAGCAGGCCAACAAGCAGGACAACAACUGAGGGACGCCAGUGACCAAUCAUCACUGUGACUUUAUGAAGAUGUCAGUCAAUGUCACGCAGGACCGGAGGAAAAGGGAGGAGCUGUGUGAAAACUCUCUGGUUGUAUCUACACGUACAUAUACAUAACUCUCAGAUUAUUGUCAGAACUUCGUCUGAGUUACAGUGACGAACAAACACCGUCUGCUAUUAAUCCGAUGAGACUGAUCAUUGUCAUCGCGAAGUCUGUGAAGCUGCAGAUGAAGCACGUGGAUCCUUGGAUCAUAAAAGUGUCGGAGAUAUUUCUAAUAUAUAAAACACACAAACAUCCUGCAGUUCAUAAGAAUCAUCUCCUGUUGUGAACCGUGCAUGAAGGUGGACAUGGUGACAACGUCAUGUCAAAGAUUUAAAAAGACAAACUAGAUAUAUAUACAUAUAUAUUAGGGGUCGACCGAUAUGGCUUUUUACAGAUUAUUACUAAUCCAAGAGACCGAUAACCGAUAUUCGUCUGCGAUAUGUGUCAGAAGGCGUCAAAACUUAGAAUAACACAAAACUCUUUAAUACAAAACUUUGUUGAAACAUCUUGAAAAUAAAAUUAUCGUAUCGACAAGUCGGCUUAAAGAAAUGGCAGAUACUGAUAAUCAUAAAAAAAUCUAAUAUCAGCAUCGAUAAUCGGUUGACCCCUACUAUAUAUAUAUAUAUAAUAUAUUUAUUAUAUAUAUAUAUGUAUAGAAAUAUAUUUAUAUUACAUAUAAUAUAUUGUAUAUUAUAUAUUUAGUAUAUCUAUAUCACUUCAUUGCUACUGAUAAAUUAUGUGUGACGUAUGGGUUCAAUUAUUGAGGUAUUAACAAUGAAAAUGAAAAAACUCUAAGGAUUUAUUCAUAUUUUGGUAACAGACUACAAACAUACAUGAUGUGAUUGAGUGAAAACUCCAAUAUUUUUUUGUGGAGUAGAAAACAGAAGUUGGCACCAAAAGGGAAACGAUAAAACCAAUAAAACCUGUAAAUUCAAAAUGAAGACAACAUGAGAACAGUGUGACGUAAUGAUUUCUAUUUCUAAUGAUGAACCUACGAGAGAAUUAUCCUCUGUCUGUCUGUGACCCUUCACCUUUUCAGUUUCCUUCCGCAGGAAACUCCACCUUCACAUCCUGGAGGUCAAAAAAAAAACAUCUGCGUAAAAUGAUUUUUUAUCUCCCUGAUGUUUUUGUUUUUUUGACAUGUACAUGUGGAGAGAAGUGGAUGCAGACGCUGCGGGGCGAGAGCUUGGAGGCCGCCGACAGUGAGAGUUUCACUAUUGUCACUUCCAUAUUUGCACAUGAGUAGAAUUAAUAACGGAGCCUCAUUGAAACACACACUCUUAUGUUUCUACAGUUUUAGCCGCAGCUUUGUGGAAAAACGCUUUGAAAUGCAAACGAGGUCUUUGCUCCUCGUCACGGGUUCGGGGGCUCAGUCUGUGGCGUGUGUUCAGACAUAAUGAGGACACGUGUGUGUGUGUGUGUGUGUUGAAGUGUGUGAGAGAUGGGACUUCAUUCAUAUCUGCAUGCUUUUGGUGUAAUUGCUUGAAUAUGUAUUUUUUCAGGUUCAUUUUUUCUUUGUGUCUUGUUUUAUUUAUGGAUGCAGAUUAGAUGUGAUGGAUUAUCAACGUCCUGUCUUCACCCCGUCAGUUCUUUUUUCAUUUGUAUAUGAAAUGUCCCUUUCAGAUAAACAUUUUGAAAAAAUAA